AUGGGAUACAGAACCUCGAAACAUGCAUCCACUGGAGAAAGUCCACACGAGUUACUGUUUGGAAGAAAAGCACGACUUCCAAUUGAUGUAGAGCUUGAUAAAGCAUUACCAGAGGAGCAAUCUACAACACAAUUUGGCAAAGAUCUGAAAGCUAAACUACAAAUAGCACAAGAAAUAGUAAAUGAAGAAACAACAAGAGCACAGCACAGGCAAGCAAAAGUCUUUAACCAAAGGAAUAAAGAGACAACAAAGUUCAGAGAAGGAGACUAUGUGUGGCUGUACAGUCCGGCGGUUAAGAGAGGUCUAUCACCAAAGUUGUCAAAACCCUAUUCUGGUCCGUUCAAGAUCCUGAAGCUCCACAGUGACAACAAUGUCUCUAUUGUUCACACACAAGGAGGUCGACAGCAACGAGUCCAUCUGAACAGAUUAAGACACCACUACCGACGACCCAUGGACUUGCAGGAUCCAGAGAUGAUGUCAACUCAACAACAGAACAAGCAGACAACUAAACGACGUUUUCCAUUGCCUGAUCGUAAUGACCAUGAGCGUGCGAUGGGAGAACUGGGAAUCCGUCACGAGAUUGUUGAGCUGUCCGACGCAAGUACACCAGAGGUUGACAAUGAAGUCGAGCAGCCGGAGCCAGAGCUUCAGAUGGCACAUCCGGUUCGUCCUUUUCGAAAUCGGCGACCACCUGGCUGGAUGAACUAA